AGUACUGUUGACUUCAUUGGCAGCUGCUAUUUCACUGAGAUCUGCAAAUGCAAACUGAAGAACAUCGCGUGUUUAAAGUGCGGUAACAUUGUCGGUUAUCAUGUGAUUUCUCCCUGCAAACCUUGCCUGCUGUCCUGUAAUAACGGCCACUUCUGGAUGUUUCAUAGCCAAGCAGUCUUUGGCAUCAACAGACUAGACCCUUCUGGUGUGAAUGUAUUGCUCUGGGGCAACUUGCCAGAUUUGGAGGAAAGCACAGAUGAAGAUAUGUCCUGCAUCUCUGAGGAGGAGUAUAUCAGAUAA